GCGUGGAAGCCCGUAUAGACACACUCUACAGACUCAAAAUAUUGCUCCACCUCGUUAUUCUUCCAUCUUGGUCCUAACAUCUUGAGAAGGCAAUCACAGGCAAAAUGGGUAAGAAGGUCAUUGCCGCCGCGGUUCAUGCCGCCCCAGUCUUCAUGGAUAAGAAAGGCAGUAUUGACAAGGUUUUAAAACUAAUCAAGGAGGGCAAAGACCAAGAAAUUGAAUUAUUAGUGUUUCCCGAGACAUUCGUUCCUGGAUAUCCGUACUUCAUUCACACACACUCACCCCUCAAAUGCGUUGACGCACAAGCUCAAUAUGCGGACGAAAGUGUGGUCGUUGGACGAACAGGCGGUGAUCUCCUGCCUAUCAUGCAUCUCUGUGCCGAACUAAAGAUAGCUGUUUCGAUCGGAAUAUCAGAGCGUGUGGAAGGAGGUCAUACAUUAUUCAAUUCCCAAGCAUUCAUCGACACCGAUGGCACGCUCCUCGGAGUCCAUAGAAAACUACAGCCCACGCAUUCCGAGCGCACGCUCUGGGCACAAGGAAGCGGACACACCUUGAAGGUAUGGCCAAGCAGCAUUGGCCGGAUAGGAGGGCUUGCAUGCUGGGGAAAUGCGAUGAACAAUGCACGUCAAGCAUUGAUCGAAGAUCGACAAGAGAUUCACGCCGCAGCUUGGCCAGCUAUUAGCACCGUAUCUGGAUUCGAAUCAGUAGCUGACAUUCAGAUCGAAGGGUUAAUGAAAAAUCAUGCAUUUACAGCACAAGUAUGGGUCAUUUGUGCGAGUAAUUAUGUCGAUGAUGGGACAUUGGAAUGGAUGGAGAAAAAUUUGGGACCGCAGGAUCUUGUCAAGAAGGGUGGGGGAUGGAGUGCAGUUAUCCAUCCUUUUUGCGCUAUCUUGGCGGGUCCACAUACGGGAGCUGAAGAGAAGUUCUUGAAGGCAGAGAUUAAUUAUGACGAGUUAAGAGUCGUGAAAGUUUGGAUUGAUGCUAGUGGACAUUACAAACGUCCUGAAAUAUUGACGUUGGACAUUGAUAGAAGUGCAAAAUGGCCGGACGAUGAAAUCCUGGCAAAUGGGGCUUCUGUAGACCUCAGAACUACGACUGAAUGA